AUGGAGCCUGUCGUUCACGACAAGCGGAGGGGGUCCGACCGCUGCAGGUUCUACCCAACACAGACGGGGCCUCCUGAUGACAUCCUCUUGAAGAUCGAGCGCCAGCGAAAGAUCGAUGAGGCACUUCAGCAAGAGGCGCAAGCACCCCACCAAGACGCCGAGGACCUCAAUGAGGAACAUGUCACCUCCUCAUCAGAAGACGACCACAACCGUGACGACCACGAUGGCGACGACCACGACCACGACGACCACGAUGACCACGACCACGACCACGACGGGCGCGACGACGGCCACGGGCGCGACAGCGACAAUGACCACCACCGCGACGACCGCAAGAGCGACGAUGAAGAUUCAGACCGCCGCCGCCGCCACCACCCCAAUACCCCGAAGAGGAAAAGAAAGGACAACCGUGGGGAGAAGGAGAAAAGGCACAGGGCGGACGAGGUGUACAAUGGCGAGCUACAGGGCGUGGUGGGCCAUAGUAUCCACGUCGCCACCGUGAAGCUCGAACAAGGCAUGGUCGACCUGACGAGGAUCAGCGCGAUCGCCACGCGCUACACACACCAUCGGAUCAUGGAGAUGCAGCUGUGGGAAGCCUUUGAUUGGCAGGCCCUUCUGCGUACGAAGAUCCGACUAGAGCCAUAUCACGCGGGAUGGAUAUGGGUGCGUGCGCAGGCGGGAGAGUGCUUCGAAUUCGGCAUCUACGCGCGGAUGUGGGAGGAAAGUGCGGGCAGAUCAUCUCACUGGAAAGAUGUCAUACGGGUGAUGAUGCGAGACGCUACCGACAACGUUCCUUUGGUGAUCCAGUGGCACAAGGCCCGGGUGUUUGUCGACCACGCCGACGAGAAGACGCUCACCUCUUCGCUCAAGUCCACUCUCGACGACGAAGGCACGCUGUAUAUAUGGUCUCCCAGCCGCUCGUCCUUCACGUCCACCUCAACUCUGCAUGACGCGCUGUGGUUGGUCGCUGACGCGGUUCACGGUGGUGCUAUGGUCCUCAUAAGAACCCAACAUGCGAACCUGGACGGCUGGGGCAUUGCGUUGGACGCAUUAGAACUCGCGCGACGGAUCACCCGCCUCAUUGAGCUGAAGAAGGAGAGACAAGAUAAAGAGCAGGAAUCAGACAGCGACAGCGACUACGACCGUGGGGGGUGCGGCACACGCCUGGGGAUGUCCGCGUCCGAAUGGGCUGGCGGAAGUAAGCCUGACAGACGUCGAACUGCUGACACGAAGCAGACCGGUGUGCAGACGAAGAAGCGCGGUGCGAAAACGACUAAGUACCAAGAUGUUCCGAAGAAACCAUCCAUCGCGGCGAUGGACACGAUCGAGAUAUCGGACGACGAAGGCGAUGUGAACCAACUGAUGAAGGCGCAGUCUAACAAGAACGACGUCAAGAAUGUGGACACCAGCGAUAUCAUCGAGAUAUCGGACGACGAAGGAUAUCCGCCUCUGGGAGGCAGAGACGCGCGAGGCGCUCGACACGCAACGCAGAUGCGAAAAUCAAAGCCGAAGAAGAAACACGAUGUGACGAACAUGAAGACGAUCGAGCUCUCUGAUGACGAAGACGUGGUUUCUCAAAUCUCGCCAGUCCCCAGGGGAGUGGACAUGCGGACGCCGAAGGGGGCGAUGAUCCACGCCAAGAAGCAGCCUGAGGUGAUAGAGAUUUCGGACGACGAAGGAUCGGCUGACCAAGGCCGCACGCGAGCCGAAGAGCAUAGGCCUGGCGAUUGCUCGUGUAGAGGUAAUGAGGGCGAUGAACCAAGGUGGGCGUUGGACAUGUGCGCCCUGUAUAGCAGUCUUAAACGCCUACGCUUCAAGGUGUGGGGCUUGACGGAAGAGGAUCUCCGACGGGGGUACCAUCAACCCGGCAAGGACCGAGACGACAUCCAGUUUUUCGAGAUACGAGAGGCCGAAGGCGCCAUCAGCAAAGAACUCUCUGCCCUCUGCAAUGAAGUCGUCACGCAUCCGGCCCCGCAAUGCCCCCGCGAUUGCACCCGCUGUGGUUAUACACUUCUGAACAACAACGGGGAGACGAUCGAGGCACUGAAAGUAUCGCGCUUUGUGGGGUGCAAGAAGUACUACGCAGGUGCGGUGGGAUAUCGCCACGAGCGGCCCGGCUAUGGUGCAUGUCAGUUCUUCCCCAGACAGAAAGGCCCGACACAAGUCGACCUCAUUCGCAUCGAAACCUUGAGGAAGGAAGAUGAGGCGAGGGCAAGGGCAUGGCGCGGCGAGUCAGGGCUGUACAAGGGACGAAGGACGAACCAGAGCAGCAAGAAGGGGAAGCGAAUUCGGCGGAAGGCCGGAAGCGGGUCUGUGGGCGGCCAGUCGAACGAGCGCGACAAGGGAACUCAGAAGAUGCCGAAGAGGGAGAAGGAGGAGAAGAAGCCGAAGAAGGAAGUGCAUGAGUCUGCAGAGGUCGACGAUGGGAACAAGCGUAUCAGACAUAACACGAUGACGCUGUUGGUUGCAUUUAACCUGGGAGGGCGAGGAAGGGUAGACGACAAGGCGAUCAAGUUAAUCCGAGGCGAGCACGAUCUCUCAGAAGAGAAGCUGGUAACCCCCCAUGCGGACAUCGACAAGAUCAUGAACAUGCGCAUCUGGAGCUUCUCCUCCAACGACUGGGAGCGCCUGGGUCGGACGGUGAUUGGGUCACAAGAUGCGUCGAACGGAUUCAUCUUCCUGCGUGUAGGACUUGAACACUGCGAGGGCCUCGGAUAUCACAUGCGCGAGUGGGAGGACACGAAUGGCACGGACCCCAAGCUCGUCGAGGGAAUCGCGGACGCUCUGAGCUUCCCUCUCGCAGCCGGAGAGCGGCUUGUGUUCGUAUGGGACCAUAAGGGCGGUGCCCCGGAGAUUGCGAUCGCGACGGAAUCGGACAUUCGCGCCAGUGCGCGUCGCCUCUGUGUCGCCCACGGCCGCGCCCGCAUAUGGAAUCUGGAAGAAUCCUGCUGGGACGCCAUCUUCGACGCGGACGCGGCGCUCGACCGCGUAAGGGGUGGCUUCCCCAUCGUAAUCAUGGCGUACGCUCCGGUGGGCCAGGAGCGUGUGGCGAUGCCGGGCAUAGGCCUCGCUCUGGAGGGCGCAGAGCGAGCCCGAGAUGGUGCUGGACGGAACUCGGGCCCGGGCCUUCUCGAGGUGCGCAGCGCGGAUGGGUUGGGACAUGGAGGUCCCUCUCACAACAUAGGGCGUGAAGCUACGCGCACGAAACGAACACGCGGCGGUGAGCCAGUCAACGCGCGCGCAGGGCGCACCAACUCUCGAAAGCGGCACGUGCAGAUACCAGGGGACCCGAUUGAGAUAUCCGACGACAACCUUCCGCCUCCUGGUACGUCGAAGAACGUCAACUCUACUUCGUCUAAGCGGAUCGCGGAAGAUAUCAUUGAGAUUUCGGACGAGGAAGCCAUGCCGCCGCGGAAGUUGUCGCGGCGGAUGGGGACGCAGCGGAUGUUGGAAAGCGAAGACGACGUCGCGGCCGCGAUAGGAAGCGGUCGGGACGUCCGGGCGCUAGCGAUCCAUCCAGAACGACCGACUUGGGCGCCCGUUCUGGGGCGCCCGUGUUCGUGCGGGAAGUGGACGAAAGAUCAAGGCGCGGACGCACUUACGGAGACAUCGCGCACGAAGAACGUGAUCAUGAGCCCGCGCGACCCGGGCCUAUUAUAUGGGCGUGCAAUAAGAACGAGCGGCAGAUGGCCGAGCGAACAGCGUUGUGGUACUACACGGGGGGCGCGUCCAUUCGGCGUCGCGGACGACUUCAUACCAGCCGUCCCCGCCAAUAGCCCACGGUACCGAAGGACAUGGAAGCGGCUCAGGCGAGCGGUGGUCCCGAGCGGUCCCGUUUACCACAUCGGGAGAGGGCGCGGGUGGGUGUAG